GUCCAGGUUUUAGCAUGACUCCUGCAGAUUUGAAAUGGAAAUUUUGUAAUCAAAAGUUACCAGAAUUGGAAACAUUUAUAAUUCAUUUCAAUACUAAAAAUCCGUUUGAUCUGAAGUCGAUUGAUGUUAGUUUUGAAAAUUGUCAUUUCCCAAAGUUGAAAACGUUAUCGGUCUAUCACUUCAUGUCAGACUUGAAGCUUUGCAAGUUGGAAAUUAAUGCACCACAUUUGAGAUUUUUAAGUGUACAAGGUUUUGAGAGGGAUCGUGUUGAUUUAUCAGAUUAUAAAGAACUAAAAGCACUAUACAUUAGGGAUUCAUCGCUUUACAAAAUACCUGAAAGUGAUCAAUUGGAGUAUCUCAAUGUGCAAAAUUGUUCCUUUGAGAGGUUUGAUGUUGAAAGUUUUGAAAAUCUUAUUGAAUGCCAUGUUGUGAACUCCAGAGUUUCAGGGGUUAAUACAGCAGACGAGUUUAGGGGGAGAGGUGAUUUUAUCAUAAAGACUAAAGGGGAAUUGGAUGCUAAUAUGUUUGAUUUAUUUUUACCAGACACUAGUCUUCAGAAUUAUAAGAGAUCUGAUGAUAUGGCGAGACUAAUAAUGGCACACAGAGAAUUUCCUGCGAUAUUGGAAAACAUUAGUGAUUUAUGAUGAGCAGUUUUUGAGCUAGAUAUUACCCAUAUUUCAAAUCAUCAAGUACUCAAAGAUCAGGAAC